AUGGAGGCGCAGAUAGAUGAACUGAUCAACAAAAACCCCGUUUGGUCUAGCCAAAACGAAAACUUGAUUUCAAAACCGUAUAAUCAUAUUCUUUUGAAACCAGGUAAGAACUUUAGACUGAAUUUAAUACUUCAAAUAAACAGAGUUUUGGAACUUCCCGAAGACCAGUUGGCGAUAGUGUCGCAAAUAGUUGAGCUCUUGCAUAACUCCAGUCUUUUGAUCGAUGAUAUAGAAGAUAAUGCUCCCUUAAGAAGGGGCCAGACCACAUCUCAUUUAAUCUUCGGUGUCCCAUCCACUAUAAAUACUGCGAAUUAUAUGUACUUCAGAGCUAUGCAACUCGUAUCACAACUAACCACUAAUGCGCUGCUAUACCAUAAAUUGAUUACGAUCUUUAAUGAGGAAUUGAUUAAUCUACAUAGAGGACAAGGCCUGGAUAUAUAUUGGAGAGACUUUCUCCCUGAAAUUAUACCUACUCAGGAAAUGUAUUUGAAUAUGGUUAUGAAUAAAACAGGCGGCCUUUUCAGAUUAACCUUGAGGCUUAUGGAAGCGUUGUCUCCUUCCUCACACCACGGCCAUUCGUUGGUUCCCUUUAUAAAUCUCUUAGGUAUCAUUUAUCAGAUUAGAGAUGAUUACUUGAACUUGAAAGAUUUCCAAAUGUCCAAUGAGAAGGGCUUCGCUGAAGACAUUACAGAGGGGAAGUUAUCUUUUCCCAUUGUCCAUGCUCUUAACAUCACCAAAAUCGACGAAGGCCCCAAUGAGCAGCACAACGAAAUUUUAAGAAUCCUGCUGUUGAGGACCACUGAUAAGGAUAUAAAAUUAAAGCUGAUCCAAAUACUGGAAUUCCAUACCAAUUCAUUGGAUUACACCAAAAAAUUUAUUAAUCAGUUAGUGAGCAUGAUAAAAAAUGAUAAUGAACAUAAGUAUUUGCCUAAUUUGAGCUCGCAUUCUAAUACUGCUACCAAUUUACAUGACGAAUUGUUAUAUAUAAUCGACCACUUAUCUGAAUUGUGA